GGCGGGCGGGAGGCGGCCCCGGGGCCUUGCGGAGGAGCGGGCGGGACAUGGCGGCGGGCGUGGGGAUGCGCGGCCUCGGCAGGCAAUCUGGUGCUCUGAAAAGGAAGCUCCAGGCACCACCUGGAAACCCACCCGUGAAACGAAAACGUAAAUUAUCCAUAAACACCUUCAGGAAGGGUGCCACAGAGGCUGACAGGAGGGAGGAGGGAAGGUCGUCACAAAAAACUGUUCCUAAGAAGCAGCUGACUGACAAACAGAAUGAAAGCCAGAAGAACAAACCUUUCAUCAAGACAUCCAGCCUGUUUAAAAACAACCCAGACAUCCCAGAAAUUCACAGGAAAGAAGUGCAGCAGGUGCAAGAAAAUGUCUUCACUACAGAUUCCUUCAGCCAGCUGGACCUCCACCCACAUCUGAUCUCCACAAUAAACACUGUCCUAAACAUAUGCAGCAUGACUAGUGUUCAGAAGCAAACGAUUCCUGUGCUCCUGCAAGGCAGAGAUGCCCUGGUGAGAUCUCAGACUGGUUCAGGUAAAACUCUUGCCUAUGGGAUUCCACUUGUGCAGUCUUUGCAGGGAAUGGAAUCCAAAAUACAGCGCAGUGACGGCCCCUACGCGCUCGUGCUCGUCCCAACCAGGGAGCUUGCACUCCAAAGUUUUGAUACAAUCCAGAAACUACUUAAGCCAUUUACCUGGAUUGUGCCUGGAGUGCUAAUGGGGGGAGAAAAGAGAAAAUCAGAAAAAGCCAGGUUACGGAAAGGGAUAAAUAUCCUCAUCUCCACUCCUGGCCGCCUGGUUGAUCACAUCAGGUCCACGGAAUGUAUUCAUUUCCGUCGCACCCAGUGGCUGAUUAUUGAUGAAGCAGACAGGAUCCUGGACCUGGGCUUUGAGAAGGAUGUGGCUGUGAUCCUCAAUGCUUUAAAUGCUGAGAGAGAGACACGUCAGAAUGUGCUGCUGUCAGCCACCCUCACCGAAGGAGUGACACGCCUGGCUGAUAUCAGCUUGAAUGACCCCGUCAGCAUUUCCAUAGCAGAUGAAAUCCAGAAGGUGCCUAAACCAGCAUCACAAACAGAUCGGGAAGCCAGCAGUUCAUCAAACUGCAUGGAGCAGGAAAACUUUGCUGUUCCAGAGACACUCCAGCAGUAUGUCAUGGUGGUCCCCAGCAAACUGAGGCUUGUCACGUUAGCAGCUUUUAUCCUGCAGAAAUGCAAGUUUGAAAAGCGCCACAAGAUGAUCAUCUUUUUCUCCAGCUGUGAACAAGUGGAAUUCUACCACGAGCUCCUUGUAAAGGUCCUUGCAGGAGGGCCAGAGUCAGAACAACCUGGACAUUCACCCCUCUCCUCUGUGAGCUUACAUUUUCUGCGUCUGCACGGCAACAUGGAACAGGAAGAAAGGACAGAGGUCUUCCAAGAGUUCCUAAAAUCCAAGACUGGCAUCUUGCUUUGCACUGAUGUAGCAGCACGGGGGCUGGACCUGCCUCAAGUGACGUGGAUUGUACAGUACAACGCUCCGGCUUCACCUGCGGAAUACAUCCACCGGAUCGGGAGGACGGCGCGCAUCGGCUGCCGCGGGAGCAGCCUGCUCGUGCUGGCGCCUUCGGAGGCAGAAUAUGUCAGCUUGCUGGCUUCUCACAAGAUUAAUGUUUCAGAGCUGAAGAUGGAGAAGGUGUUAGCCAGCCUGAUGAAAGAUGAUCGCUUCAAGCUGCACAGACCAGGAAGCAAGCUUAUAAAUAAUGUUAUUGUCCACACUCAUUGUGCCAGUGGUUUGGGAUCUGCCAGAACAGGAUUUUAAGGAAUCACAAGGCAGAAAAAGUUCUCCUAUCCCACCGUUUCUCCAUGAUGGCAACAGUGCUGCUUGUUUAACAGAGGGAUGGGGAUGCAGAUCAAGCAAACCUCUGGGGUAGGCUUUUAUCUUUGGGGUCUUGGAAAAAUGUGUAAGGUCUCAAAUUAAUUGUCCUGCUCAUCCAAACCAGGAUUAAAGCUUGCCUGUGUGAGUAAAGCACAUGGAAUGGCUUCCAUGCCCUUCCAGUAGCACUGAUUUAUUUGAUCUGUCCAGACACUCAGUCAUGGGCAGGUUUUAUUUUCACAGUUUGCCUCUGAGUCAGUUUUAAAUUUAGAUUUUUUUAUUAUUAUUAUUAUUGGGGUGGGGUUUUUUUGUUUUUUAGCUGAACCUCCCUGGAAGACAGGAAUCAAACACAGGGUUUUUUUCAUGCCCAUUAGGGUGCAAUUUUAAAAUGAGUUCUGUCUCAAGGGUCUGAAGGGGAUAAAAGACAAAGUGGAGAUGGGAGGAGGGGAGAAGCUGUUUUCCAGGGACAUUAUGUUUCCUGCCGUUUGCUUUUUUUCUUUUUUUAUUUAUAUCUCUUCCACUGACCUCACACUUUGGAAAUUAUGCACCUAGCUUUUUAUCCCUCAUUUUUGUCUUACUUUUUUUUUUUUUUUUUAUUUUCCCCCAGCACCAGGAAGAAGAGAUGCCUCAUUUUGAAACCUAAAGGGGGGAAUAAGAAAAGUCCUUUGUAAUAUAUUGCCAUAUUAUCACUAAAUCCCCUGACAGUUGUGACACAGAAGCAAGUCACCUGUCACUUAAGCUUGAGGUCUCUUUAAUUUUCUCCUGGAAUUCGCACCAGGCUGUCUUUAAUUUGAGGCCUUUAUUGGAAUUCUGAAACCUUUCUGCCUCCCUGGUGCUCAGAUCUAUUCUGAGUGCUGUUACAGAAUGUAUACAAUAACCAACACAGGGAUUCAGAGGGGGCUGAAGCACUGUUUAUUUAACACUCUGGAGGGAUUUUCGUGCUUAUUCGGUCCUGGCUACCCAGCUUUCAAUAUCGCUUUGACAACCGUUAUGCCCUUCUCAUUAAUUUUAAACAGUUAAAACACAGGAAAAAGAGAAAAAGUUUUCAUUAUUAAAGUGCUUUACUUUUUAAUAACAGAGGAUUCUGUCCGCCAGGGGAAAGGGCAAACCUCACUAAUUUCACAUUCAUAUUAAAAAGCGCUGGGAAGGUGACACUUGGUGCUGCCAGGAGGCUUAACAAAAGGAAAGUGCUGGGGGCCGGGAGGAGCAGGCGGGGCCACAAAGUUUUGUGUUUCACGUCGGGUGGAAAGUUGGUGGUGUCAACAAGGAGCGGCCGCUUCGGGCUGGCAGCUGCACUUGGGGGUCACUGAAGCUCUGCAGAGGUCCUGGGCUGGGGCUGGUCUCAGCUUCACACCUGAAGGCAAAGGAACCUGUGAAAGGAGUGUCCAGAGGAGCUGAGGAAGGGUCCAGAGAGUGAAUUAUGUGAGGAGCAGCUGAGGGAACUGGAGGAAAAGAGGUUCAGGGAGGAGAACUCACAGACAGGAGGGUGCAGCCAGGUGGGGGUCAGGACCUGCUUCCAGGGAACAAGGACAGGAGGAGAGGACGCAGCCUCAAGCUGUGCCAGGAGAGGUUCAGGUAGAACAUCAGGAAGAAUUUCUUCACUGCAAGGAUGGUCAAGCAUUGGAAUGGGCUGCCCAGGAACGUGG